UGGCCUCGUCUCCCGUGACAGGGCACGCGACGGUGAAAAACGUCCGCGUGCCUUUGCGGAAGGAGGUUCGCGCGCCGAGAGUCUUUAAGACGCGUGCGAGCGGCGGAUUCGGUGCCAUCUGGGUUGCAGGCGAGCAUGGCCAGCGCGCGGCGCUACGCCGACAAGGUCGCCGUGGUGACCGGGGGCUCUAAGGGGAUCGGGAGAGGCGUCGUCGAAGUAUUCGUGGAGAACGGGGCGAAGGUUGUUUUCUGCGCCAGAGGACAAGAGGCAGGUAAAGCUCUGGAGACCAGGCUCAACACAGCAGUGCCAGGCUCAUGUCUGUUUGUGCCGUGCGACAUCUCCAAAGAAGAUGACCUCAAGAGACUGAUGACAGUGACCGUCGAGCACUUUGGACAGAUCGACUGUUUGGUCAAUAAUGCCGGGUGGCAUCCCCCUCACAAAACCACGGAUGAGACCAGUGCAGAGGAGUUUAAGGACUUGCUCAAUCUAAACUUGAUUAGCUACUUUCUUGCAUCGAAGUUUGCUCUUCCUUACCUGCGAAAAACACAAGGCAACAUCAUCAACGUCUCCAGCCUGGUUGCAUCCAUCGGACAAAAGCACGCAGCCCCUUACGUGGCCACUAAGGGGGCAAUUAUUGCCAUGACCAAAGCGAUGGCUGUUGAUGAAAGUCGCUAUCAUGUACGGGUGAACUGCAUCUCCCCUGGCAACGUGAUGACGCCUCUGUGGGAGGAGUUAGCUGGCCAAUCAGCUGACGCUGCUGCAGCCAUCAAAGAUGGAGAGAACGCUCAGUUGCUGGGUCGCAUGGGGACAGAGGAGGAGAGCGGCCUGGCUGCUCUUUUCCUGGCUGCCGACGCCACCUUCUGUACAGGCAUCGACUUGUUUCUCAGUGGAGGGGCGGAGCUGAACUAUGGCUUCAAGAGUCAGGUGCCUUAAACAUCCCGACCCACGGUUUACUGCAGUCCGUGUGCUCCACAUGGCGGGUUACUGAUUUCUGUGUCUUUCUUAAGGCUUGCCAGGGAACUUGCGUUUGAAAGUAAUUUUAUAACAACAGUUAUAAACAGAAACUGUUUUAAUUCGAGAUUUUAGAUGCUUUUUACAUUCACUAUAUUCAUUUUAUUAUAUAUUUCUAAACAAAUGAUUAAUUCAUUAAUGCAUCCUGAAUGAUUCAAUGACUUUUUUUUAUUAAUAAAAUAUUUUACAUAUUCCUGA